GUGCUCUCGAGCAGACUCCCCAAACACAGACAUGACCCAGGCAGUCAAGCUCGCCUCCAGAGUUUAUCACAGAAUCCACCUGCCUCCACAGCUGGAUGCCUCGCUGGGCUCCAGAGGCAGUGACUCGGUUCUCCGCAGCUUGUCUGACAUCCCUGGGCCCUCUACACUCAGCUUCCUGGCUGAACUCUUCUGCAAAGGGGGGCUGUCCAGGCUACAUGAACUGCAGGUGCAUGGCGCUGCGCGGUACGGGCCAAUAUGGUCUGGCAGCUUUGGGACACUUCGCACAGUUUACGUUGCUGACCCUACACUUGUGGAGCAGCUCCUGCGACAAGAAAGUCACUGUCCAGAGCGCUGUAGUUUCUCAUCAUGGGCAGAGCACCGUCGCCGCCACCAGCGUGCUUGCGGAUUGCUAACGGCGGAUGGUGAAGAAUGGCAGAGGCUCCGAAGUCUUCUGGCCCCGCUACUCCUCCGGCCACAAGCAGCCGCGGGCUAUGCUGGAACUCUGGACAACGUGGUCUGUGACCUUGUGCGUCGACUAAGGCGCCAGCGGGGACGUGGCUCUGGGCUACCCGGCCUAGUUCUGGACGUGGCGGGAGAGUUUUACAAAUUUGGCCUAGAAAGUAUAGGCGCGGUGCUGCUGGGAUCGCGCCUGGGCUGCCUAGAGACUGAAGUCCCUCCUGACACAGAAACCUUCAUACACGCAGUGGGCUCAGUAUUUGUAUCUACACUCUUGACCAUGGCGAUGCCCAACUGGUUGCACCGCCUUAUACCUGGACCCUGGGCCCGCCUCUGCCGAGACUGGGAUCAGAUGUUUGCCUUUGCCCAGAGGCACGUGGAGCUGCGAGAAGGCGAAGCUGCGGUGAGGAACCAGGGAAAGCCUGAGGAGGAUGUGCCGUCUGGGCAUCACUUAACCCACUUCCUUUUUCGGGAAAAGGUGUCUGUCCAGUCCAUAGUGGGGAAUGUGACAGAGCUACUUCUGGCUGGAGUGGACACGGUAUCCAACACGCUCUCCUGGACACUCUAUGAGCUCUCCCGACACCCCGAUGUCCAGACUGCACUCCACUCUGAGAUCACAGCUGCUAGGACCAGUGGCUCCUGUGCCCACCCCCAUGGCACUGCUCUGUCCCAGCUGCCCCUGUUAAAGGCUGUGAUCAAAGAAGUGUUGAGAUUGUACCCUGUGGUACCUGGGAAUUCCCGAGUCCCAGACAGAGACAUCCGUGUAGGAAACUAUGUAAUUCCCCAGGAUACGCUGGUCUCCCUGUGUCACUAUGCCACUUCAAGGGACCCCGCACAGUUUCCAGACCCCAACUCUUUUAAUCCAGCUCGCUGGCUGGGGGAGGGUCCGACCCCCCACCCAUUUGCAUCUCUUCCUUUCGGCUUUGGCAAACGGAGCUGCAUCGGGAGACGCUUGGCAGAGCUGGAGCUACAAAUAGCUUUGUCCCAGAUCUUGACCCAUUUUGAGGUGCUACCUGAGCCAGGUGCUCUUCCUAUCAAGCCCAUGACCCGGACUGUCCUGGUCCCUGAGAGGAGCAUCAAUCUACAGUUUGUAGAUAGAUAACCAUGCAGAAGACAGCCAACAUCGUCUCAAGACAGGACGGGGUCUUUGUGAUACACAAGAGGCACACUCUCCUUGGAAGCCUGUCUGACCGAGCAAACUCCAGGAAGCAGGCCCUGACCUAUGUGUAGUUGGCCUGACUCAGCAGGCAUCCCAGAACCACCAUCCUUUCUCCUUCCUGCUCAGUGCCUCUCCUGAUCACUCCUCAGGAUCCGAUGCCUUCAGAUUUUAACACAUCCUUAAAGUGCCAACUCACGGGUUAACUACCAACCCCAGGCAGCCUGGGGAGGGAUUCGCCCCUGAUCCUGUGGUGCUUGAUGCUCUAAGCUAAGUGACUGCAUCUGGUCUGCACCUGGCUGCGUCUCUACCUGGCCAUGUGUGCUUUCCGAGGAGAGUAAUGACUAGUCUCCUGGGCUUUUAGCUCUUGUUCUUUUUGAGACAGAGUCUUGCUAUGUACUCCAUGCUGUCCUUGAACUCACAACCUCCUCGCCUCACCUUCCCAAGUAUUGGGUUACAGACAUGAGCUACCACUUCCAGCUGUAUCAGUCUUUCUAUCUCCCGCCAGAGUCUAUCCCUGGCUAUUCAGCACCAUACAUUCUCAGACUGAACCUGGGCCAUGUGGCAGGAUCGUCCACUCACCAGGCUCUGCCCACCCUUUUCUCUCUCAAUCUUUCCUCGAGGGAAGUAAAUCUGCCCUUGCCUAAUUUACAGCAUGUUUAAGCCCCCGCUACCUUGGUUCUUCAGCCACUCUCAAGUGGAUCCACUUCUUAUCACCCAUCUUUUGGCCUGCCCCUCCCCCAGGCUGUCUUUUUUAUAUUAAAACAUUUAUAUAUAUUA